AACCCACGGCCCCACCGGAUGCAGGAGCCCAGCUGACACACUGACUGUCUAGGGAAGUGCGGGGCUCAGUGCCUUCCACUCCGGAGCCUGAGCUCAAUGAAUGCAGCUUCUGAAGCAUGGCCUGAAUGACAGUCUCUCUCAUGAUGCAGUGAAGCCACAAGCGGUGUUAGGUCGCUGCUGCCACCAAACAGGAAGCAUCUGAAGCCCUUACGGAAGCCACCCGCGAGGACCAUGUCCUUCGGGACCUCCGCCUUUUGAUCCCCCCAGAAGACGACGCGACAUCACCCGUGACCAUGACGCCGGCCACUUCGGCCAGCAGCUGGCCUUCCUCUCCCCAGGGAGCCUGCUUCCUGACCAACCACAGCGCCCCGUCGCCACGCAACUUCUCGGGGGCCCCGAAUUCCACCGACUGCCCCAUGGACGAGCACCUGCUGUCGCGAGCGCUCGCCGCCUUCUACUCGGUCAUCUUCCUCGUGGGGCUGGUGGGGAACAUCAUCGCCCUCUAUGUGUUCUUGGGGAUCCACCGCAAACGGAAUUCCAUUCAGAUCUACCUCCUGAACGUGGCCGUGGCGGACCUCCUGCUCAUCUUCUGCCUCCCCUUCCGCAUCCUGUACCACCUGAACCACAACAGGUGGGCGCUGGGCGUGGUCCUCUGCAAGGUGGUGGGCACGCUCUUCUACAUGAACAUGUACAUCAGCAUCAUCCUGCUCGGCUUCAUCAGCCUGGAUCGCUACGUCAAGAUCAACCGGUCCGUGCAGCAGCGCAAGGCCGUGACGACCAGGCAGAGCAUUUACGUCUGCUGUGUAGUCUGGGCCGUGGCGCUGGCUGGGUUCCUCACUAUGAUUAUUUUAACCCUGCAGAGCGGAGGACACAAUACCACCAUGUGCUUCCAUUACAGAGACAAGCGGAAGGAGAAAGGCGAAGCCAUUUUCAAUUUGGUGCUGGUGGUCAUGUUCUGGCUGAUUUUCCUCCUGAUCAUCCUGUCCUACCUGAAGAUCGGCAAGAACCUACUGAAGAUUUCCAAGAGGCGGUCCAAGUUUCCCAAUUCGGGCAAAUACGCCACGACGGCCCGGAAUUCCUUCAUCGUGCUGAUCAUUUUCACCGUCUGUUUCGUGCCCUUUCACGCCUUCCGGUUUGUGUACGUUUCCGUGCAGCUCAACGUGUCCUCGUGUUACUGGAAGGAGAUCGUGCACAAGACCAACGAGAUCAUGCUGGUCUUCUCGUCUUUCAACAGCUGCCUGGACCCCGUCAUGUACUUCCUGAUGUCCAGUAACAUCCGCAAAAUAAUGUGCCAGCUUCUUUCUAGAAGGUUCCAAGGGGACUCGAGCAGGAGUGAAAGCACGUCGGAGUUCAAGCCAGGGUACUCCCUCCACGAGACGUCCGCCGCGGCGAAGAUUCAGACCGGUUUCUGAGGCAUGUUUGGGCAGCACGUUCAAAAGCCUCUUCAUUCCCUGAAGCACGAACGUUUUCCAGGACGAAACGCGAGCAUUUACAAGGCCCGGAUCUCCCCAGAGCUCUUUUCUUAUGGGCGAUGUUUCGUUUGCUUAAUUGUAAAAUAUUUCAAGGAAAAGAAAAGCGUACGCUUAUCACUAGGUUUUAAGUCUGUGUGUAAAUCUGUUCAAAAUGUAUUGUUCAGCUAACACUC